UCAAAUGUCAGUGAAGAAACUCCAAGCUCAUCCAGAUGUUUAGUUUUAGUCCAGAAAAACAUCAGAAAAGAGAAGUUGGUUCAGAUCCACAGAGUCCUGCAGGGAUCAGAGUCCUGAUGCUGCAGACAGAACGUCUCAGAUCAUUUGAAUCAUCAUCUGACUGAAAGAAGAAAGACUUUUCUGCUGCAGCAAACAAAGGUGAAGGAGGAAGGUGUGUGUGAGCUGAUGUGGAUCCAGUGAAUCCAGCAGCAUGGAUCAGUGGGAGGAACCACAGGAGGGAGCCCCUCUCUCUAAAAGCAGAGAUGGUAACCAUGACAACCAGAGCAAAGCUCAGAGGAACCAACCUGGACCUGGAUCUGAAUCCAGCUGGGGGUCCAACAGGAGUGACAUGUCAAAGGUUUCUAAUCCUGACUUUAAAGACAUCCAUUCAGGAGUGGAACAAGGUCAACAGGUCACACAGAGAGUCCAGUCUGCAGCCUCCAGCUGUGACUCCAAGAAGAGUGACCGGUCCAAAGAUAAACCUCCAAACUUCAGAACUGAACCAGGACCUUCAGACUCACAUGUCCACAGAGAGAAUAGGAGCGGACCCCAGUCUGCAGAAAGACCCAGAGCUGCAGAUGUUGGUCUGCAGGAGAUGUUUGGAGAACAUCAGAUCAGUCUGAAGAGCAGAAGUGAACAUGUGGCUGAAGGAACUGAAGAAGCAGGAAGAGAAACGCUCCUCAACAGGGUCUACACUGAGCUCUACAUCACAGAGGAACUGAGACCAGAGGGUCACACCCAACAUGAGGUGAUGCAGCUGGAGACAACCACCAAGACCAACCAGCUCCAUGACACUGCAAUCAAGAACCCAGACAUCUUCAAAGUCUUCCCUGACCAACACAGAUCCAUCAGAGUGGUUCUGACCAGCGGAGUUGCUGGAGCUGGAAAAAGCUUCUCAGUGCAGAAGUUCACUCUGGACUGGGCCGAGGGCUUGGAGAACCAAGACAUCAGUGCUGUGGUUCCUCUGUCCUUCAGGGAGAUGAACUUGAUCAGAGAUGAGCAGCACAGUCUUCUCACUCUGAUCCAGCUGUUCCAUCCAACACUCCAGAAGAUCCCAGCAGAACAGCUGUCUGUCUGCAAACUUCUGUUCAUCUUUGAUGGUCUGGAUGAAAGCAGACUUUCUCUGGACUUCAACAACAGUCCGUUGGUGUCUGAUGUCACACACAAGUCCUCAGUCAACGUGCUGCUCACUCACCUCAUCCAGGGACGUCUGCUGCCCUCAGCUCUGGUCUGGAUCCCUUCCAGACCUGCAGCAGCCAAUCAGAUCCCUCCUUCAUGUGUGGACAGACUGACAGAAGUACGAGGCUUCAAUGAUGCUCAGAAGGAGGAGUACUUCAGGAGGAGGUUCCCAGAUGAAGAGCUGUCCAGCAAAAUCAUCUCCCACAUCAAGGGCUCCAUGUCCCUCUACAUCAUGUGUGAAGUUCCAGUCUUCUGCUGGAUCACUGCUGUGGUUCUGGAGAACCUGCUGACCACAGAGCAGAGAGGAGAGCUGCCCACCACCCUGACUGACAUGUACUCCCACUUCCUGAUGGUCCAGACAAAGAGGAAGAAGAACAAGUACCAGCAGGAACAUCAGACAAGUCCACAAGAGCUGACAGAGACUGACAGGGAAGUUCUUCUGAAGCUGGGGAGGCUGGCAUUUGAACAUCUGGAGAAAGGAAACAUCAUUUUCUACCAAGAAGACCUGCAGCAGUGUGGUCUGGAUGUCACAGAGGCCUCAGUGUACUCUGGAGUUUGUACUGAGAUCUUCAGAAGAGAGUGUGGGAUCUUCCAGAAACCGGUCUACAGCUUUGUUCAUCUGAGCGUUCAGGAGUUUCUGGCUGCAGUCUACAUGUUCCACUGUUACUCCAGGAGGAAGGUAAAGGUCAUUAAGGACUUUCUAAAGGACAACAUGGAGAACCCAUCCCUGGAUGAGUUUCUGAGUGGAGUCAUAAAGAAAUCCCUGCAGAGUAAAACUGGACACCUGGACCUGCUGGUUCGCUUCCUUCAUGGUCUCUCUGUGGAGUCCAACCAGAGACUCUUAGGAGGCCUGCUGGGUCAGACAGAGAAGGAUCUAGGAACCAUCCAGAGACUCCUAGGAGGCCUGCUUGGACAGAGAAAAAAGAAUCCAGAAACCAUCAAGAGAGCCAUCAACAACCUGAAGAAGAUCAACAGUGAAGGAGUUUCUCCUGACAGAAGCAUCAACAUCUAUCACUGUCUGAUGGAGAUGAAGGACCUCUCAGUUCAUCAGGAGAUCCAAGAGUUCCUGAAGUCAGAGAACAAAUCAAAGAAGAAACUCUCAGAGAUCGACUGCUCAGCUCUGGCCUACACUCUACAGAUGUCAGAGGAGGUUCUGGAUGAGCUGGACCUGAACCAGUACAAUACAUCAGCUGAGGGUAAACGGAGACUGAUCCCAGUUGUAAGGAACUGCAGAAAGUUCAGACUUUCAGAACCAUGUGGACUCUCAGAGACUCACUAUGAAAUUGUGGCCUCAGCUCUGAAGUCCAACCCGUCCCACCUGACAAAACUGGACCUGAGCAGAAACAACCUGGAGAAUUCAUCCUUGAAGGUUCUCUGUUCUGGACUAGAGAGUCCAAACUGCAGACUGCAGACUCUGAGGUUGAUCUAUGGCAGUUUGUCAGAGAUCAGCUGUGAAACUCUAGUCUCAGCUCUGAAGAAAAACCCAUCCAAUCUCACAAAACUGGACCUGAGCGGGAACAACCUGCAGGAUUCAGGAGUUCUUCAUCUGUGUGGUUUUCUGGAGAGUCCAGACUGCAGACUGCAGACUCUGAGGCUGAUAGACUGCAGAUUGUCAGAGAUCAGCUGUAAAUCUCUGGUCUCAGCUCUGAAGAAAAACCCGUCCAACCUUACAGAACUGGACCUGAGCAGGAACUGGAAUCUGAAGGAUUCAGGAUUUCUUCAUCUGUGUGGUGUCCUGGAGAGUCCAGACUGCAGACUGCAGACUCUGAGGUUGGAGUUCUGCAAAUUAUCAAAGAUCAGCUGUGCUGGUUUGAUCUCAGCUAUGAAGAACACCCCGUCACACCUGACAAAACUGGACCUGAGAUACAACAACCUUCAGUCUUCAGAUGUACAGCAGCUCCAGGAUCUGGUGGAGAGUCCAAACUCCAAACUGCAGACUCUGAGGUGGAAGGACUGAUGUUCCUCCUGGAGGAGCAGAGAGGAGCAGCAGCAGCAGCAGCUGGUCUGCAGAGAUGUUGUGACUGGACGGUGUUCCUGGGAGGUGGAGAGCAGAGUGAUGGAGGAAUCAGAGGAAGUGGAGAUGAGUGUCAGAGCUGCAGCAGGAACUGAUCUGAGAUCAGCUCCACUGUCUCUCUGAGCAUCAAGUGGACAGUUAUUGUGCUGCAGCUCCCCCGGUGGACUGAUGGAGAACUGCACUUCCUCUCCUCAUUCUAACUUGGAGUGUUGAUCUGAAACAUGGGUUGGAUUCAGAUGUUCAGCAGCUCCAGGAUCUGGAGAAAAACAGACCUGCAGACAAACAGAUUCUUUUCUAGAUCAUCACUUUCUUCUUUGAUCUACAUUAGAUGAACAGAUGUGAGUUUGGGAUGGACCAAUCAAGGUUUGAGGGAAUCAUUGAUCAGACAGAACAUUUCUGGAUGACAUGUGUGGGUCAGGGGAAAACAGAGUCAGGCGUUGGAUCCUGGUUCUGUCUCUGGAACAGGGAAAGAACCAGAACUCUGGAUCACAAGAUUCUGGUUCCAGAUGUUUCACACUUGAUUUCUGUUCACAAGAAACUCUCAUUGACAAACAAACACAGAGUUUCAUUCAGAAACCUCCAACAUGGUCAUGUGACCAGAAUGUUCAUGGUGUUGACACGGACAAACGCUGUGGUCACAUGACUCACUGGUUUGGAUUCAAGUCCUUUGAAGUCAGUUUUUGGAGCAGAAAUCCCGUCUGAUCUCAGUUAGUGAACAAAAGUCUCUCAGUUGAAUCAUUUUUCUAUCAUCUCUGUUCUGUUGAUGAUCAAAUAUUGACUCAUUCAGUUUGAAAGACUCAGAGUUUUGGUUUGAUCGUAUAUUCCACAGUUUUCUGACUGAAAUUUAUUUUUCUUUGGUGUUUUGUAAAUAAAACUCUGUUCUUUUUCAUGCUGACAGCAUUUUUAGCUGCAGUUUUAAAGACGUUUCAUCUAAAUCCAGUUGAAUCUCCUCAUUUUAUAGAAUGUGUGAAACUAGUAGAAACUUCCUGAGCAUAAAGCCUGUUUUCUCCAGAGGAUAUGAAUGAACAGAGUGGAUCUUUGUGAGGAAUGACAGCCUCUGGAUGCAGAGAAUCACUUUGAUGCAGCUGCUGCAACAACACCAACUGCAAUGAAGCAGGAGGGAGAAGGGAGACACCUGCUGGCUGUUUGUAGAACUGCAUAAUAAUGUCAAAAGGCUUCAAAAUGAAAGCUGUCUGUAAAAUUCCUGCAGCCUGUUUGGAUCUAAUAAAUGCUCUUUUGAAUCAA